UUCGGCAGCCCCUCCCUCCCCUCCUCCCCUCGUAUUUAAGCGCUGAGGCUGUGUGUGGGUUCUCACACCUGCAGUGAUGCGGAUCAGGCGGCGUUCCUGAGCUGGUCUGCUGGAGAAGAUGCUCCUGGUUCCUCUGCUCCUGUGUGUGUUGCUGUGUGUGUGUGCGUGCUGUGCGGAGUGUGUGGCGGGCUGCGAGUGUGUGAAGGACACACACACCGUUAGAUGUGUUUCGGCGUCUCUGAGCUGCGUCCCCCCCACACUGCCCAAAAACACCCUCAGCCUGGUCAUCAGAGGAGACCAGAUCCACCAGAUCCACCAGAACUCCUUCAGCGGAGCGGAGAACGUCAGCACGCUGGAGCUCACCAACGACGGAAUAAUGGAGUUGGGUUCUCAUGCGUUCUCUGAGCUGCGUGUGCUGCGCAGACUGGACCUGAGUGAAAACCGUCUGGUUCUGAUCCACCCUGAAGCGUUCGCCAUCCCGGGCAGCCCCCUGCAGCAGCUCAGCCUGAGCGGGUCGCUCUAUAACUCCACCUCCGUCACCGACCUGAUCACCGCUCUCCGCUGGGGGGCACUGUCCAGCCUGCUGGAGCUGGACCUGUCAGGGAACCGGCUGGUUCUGUUGCCCCCGGGCUCGUUCUCGCCGCUGCCCAGUCUGCGGCGCCUCAGCCUGGCCAACAACUCGCUGGUGGCUGUCUACAGCGGCACAUUCUCUGGGCUGGAGCGACUGAAGGAGCUGGACUUGCGCUCUAACGCGUUUCAGGCCGUCAGCUCGGAGGCUUUGAGGGAGCUGGAGAAACUGGGCCAGGCCCGGCUGCUUCUGGGCCAGAACCCCUACAGCUGCUCCUGCGAGGCUCAGGAGUUCUCUCGCUGGAUAAACAGCUCGAGUUCACAGGUCGGAGACGCUGAUAAGCUGCUGUGCGGCUCUCCGGCCGACCUGCAGGGGGUGCCGGUGAGGAUGCUAAGCUCACGCUCCCCGGGCUGCUACGGAAAGGCUAACGCGGGGGCGGCGGACGUGACCCUGCAGACGUCCUACGUGUUCCUGGGCCUGGUGCUCGGCUUCGUGGGCAUGAUCUUUCUGCUGGUGAUCUAUCUGAACCGCAGGGGGAUAGAGAAGUGGGUGACGGACCUGCACGCGGCCUGCAGAGACGUGCUGGAGGGCUAUCACUACCGCUACGAGCUCGACUCGGACCCUAGACUCAGAAACCUCUCCUCUAACAGCCGGCAUCAUCUCCGCACUGAGCCACGCCCACCGCACGCCCCAUCUGACGCCCGCAUCACCAACAUCCCCUCUGACGUCACACUGUAGUGGAACCCGGAGUUCAGUCACAUUUCUCAUUUACCCAAAAUCCUGAAAGAAUCAGAUCUGAUCUGCCCUGCUGAGUGGACAAAGCCAGCGAGUGACCGGAUCUCACCUUUAAACAGACUAAUGAAGACUAAAGAGGCUGUGUGUGUGCAGGACCUCCACACUUCCCUCUCAAUAGAUGCAUGUUUGUUCCUGGAAAUGUACAGACUCUCUUUUCCAUCAUCUGCUUUCUCAGCCACGGAUGUGAAACUCUGGUGAAGUGGUCUCAGAGCUGCUGGCCAGGGCAGGUCAGAGGGUGCUGAGCAGUAGGGGUGUUUUGGUGAGGGUUUAGUGGUGUUUGGUGGGUUUUAGGGGCAUUUGUUAAGUUUUAAGGAGUCUAGUGGUAUCAGAAGAGUGUUUGAAAGGGUUUUUUGGGCAGGUGUGAAGGGUGGUUUGAGUAGUUUUAGGGGUGUUUCAAGAGGUUUAGAGGUGUGUGAGUAGUUUUUGGGAGGUUGUGUGGGGGUGUUGCUAUGUUUUGUGGAGUUUUGUGUUGGGUUUUGGGAGUGUUGGAGGACUUUUGAAGUCUUUUGGGUAUUUAUGAGUGGCAUUGAGGGUGUUUUAGGGUUUUGUUGGGUUUACGGGGUGGUUUAUUAAGUUUUAGGGGUGUUGGGGGUUUGGUGUGUUUUGUGGCGUUUUAGUGGUGUUUUGGGUUUUUGGA